AUGUCUUCUGAUGCUCGUCCGAGUUCCCCUUUGCCCUCCGGCGUCGGACGUCGUCGUUGCUCGACGUGUCGAGUCAGGCUCCAGCGCACGGACCAGCACUCCAGCUGCUUCAUGGAGGAGAGCGAACGCAGGCGUGCGUACCACGCCGCUGCAGCGCCCCGUCCGGACUCCUCUCAGGACGAGGAGUCUGAGACUAACUGGGCCCCACUCGACCUUCCACCCGUGCCCGCGGAGUGGGGUGACUGUGAGGACGGAGAGAUCUCGGAGGUCGGCUCUCUCCUCACGCUGGACGAGGUGGUGUCGAACCCGGAGCUGGACCGCUUCCCACUGGACCACAUGCCUGGGCUCUACUCCACUGCGGCGGCCAUCAUGGAUGCCCCCCUGCCACCGCAGCCGACCCAGAGGGUGGAGGACUUCACCUCUGGUUACGCCACCACUCGAGGGAGGAGGAGGACACAGCCCACGUUGUGCCCGCGGAUGGACCCAAUCGUCCAUUACGCGACACGUGAGUGGCCAAAGCCCCUAGCGGCCAAGAGGCCCGCUUUGGGCUACGGCAUGUGCUGUAACGUGCAGGACUGGUCCUGGACCGGCGGGGUCCCGGACAUCGAGGAUUCGGUCCGCAUGGCCCUGCACCCCUCCGCAUCCGUGUGGCCCGGCACCAGACUUCUCCUUCCCUCCGAGCGGGACAGGACGUCUUUGGCUAUGCACGACAGAUGUUACGCCAAUGCAGCACAGGUCGUCGCCGUGGCGAAUAACAUGGCCUUCAUCACGGGGGCCCUGGAUAGGUCGCUCUCUUCUGGCCAGGCGCUCAGUGGAGACACCUUAUCUCAGGCGAGGACCACUUCAGCGGCGAUCCUGCGCAUGUGCCAGGCGCUAGCUGUCGAUGGCGGCCGCACCAUGGCAGCAGCUCAAGUUGGGGUCAGGCACCUCUGGCUUGGGCUUGCUAACAUCAGAGAGGCGGAGAAGAGGCAGCUGCUGGACCUGCCUAUUUCCCAGACGUCCCUUUUCGGUCCGGACAUGCAGACCCUGGUGGCUAGACUGGAGACCGCAGCCAAGGACUCGGCUAGCCUAGCCCAGCACCUGGCGCCGAGGCGCGAGGCCCGCCCACCAGCGCGCGGGGCCGAGACAGAGGCAGGGAGCGUUCGCCCGGGAGGCGCCCUGACCCAUAUCCACGCUCCGUGGCCUAUCGUCCCCCCUCGACGAGGCCCCCGGGCCCAGACAGGCACACGGGAGGCUCGCGGGACCAACGCACCCACCGUCGACCUCCCUAUGGCAGAGGAGGUCGGGGUGGGAAGAAUUCUUUCAAUAAAGGCCGACCGGCAUUUCAUCAUUACUCGCUGCCUGAGUCUCAUUUGGGGGCCUGCAGCCCCCAGAGCAGGGUGUGCAGUGCGCUACGCGAGCUACGAGCUCCGGUUCACUGGUUCAGGCUAUGCCCUCCCAGAGAGAGGUCAGGCGGAGGGAUCUGGGGCUCGUCCCCCCCUCCAUGAGGCAAGAGCCAGGGGGGGGCACAGCAGCCGUGUCACGUGUGGUGAGCAGAGCUACAAGGCUAACACGGGGUUUCCCACUCCAGGGGCUCGCCCCCCCCUCCAUGAGGCAAGAGCCAGGGGGGGGCACAGCAGCCGAGUCACAUGUGGUGAGCAGUCCCGUACUUAUGACGUCGGGCCUGCAGGACACGUGACCGCCCCCGGCGCUCACGCUCCCGUUCCGCCCCUCACAGACUUCUACAGCAUCUGGAGGGAGCAGGGUUUGGAUGACAGUAUAUGGCUGGAGAAAACAUUGCGCAGGGGUUACGCACUGCAAUUUUUCCGAAAGCCACCACCAUUCCGAGGCGUACGGGCAGUACGCUCUCAGGUACGGGGAUCAAUAGAGGCACUGCAAGCGGAGGUCUCCUCUCUGCUGAGUCGAGGCGCGGCAGUGGAGGUAGACCCGCAGGACGCCACCAGGGGGCUGUACUCCCCUUACUUCUUAGUGCCAAAGAAGUCAGGCGGGGUGCGUCCCAUUCUGGAUCUGCGCGUGUUGAACGAGUGCAUUUCCAAACGGCAGUUUCGGAUGCUGUCCACAAAGCAGCUCCUCGAGUGUGUCAGGCAGGGAGACUGGAUGUCAUCCAUAGACCUGACAGAUGCGUACUUCCACGUGCCCAUAGUGCCGGAACACAGGAGGUUUCUGCGCUUCGCAGUGGGAGAGAGGAAUUACGAGUACUGCCGUCUCCCCUUCGGUUAUGCACUCGCGCCUCGGACUUUUUCCAAAUGCGUGGAGGCAGCACUGGAGCCGCUCAGACGCGCAGGGGUAAGAAUUUUAACCUACAUAGACGACUGGUUAAUUCUGGCCUCAUCCAGGGAAGUGGCCGUGAGCCACACGCACUGGGUCCUGUCCCGCAUACAGCGUCUGGGCUUUGUGGUGAACAGGGAGAAGAGCAAGCUGCAGCCAGCUCAACGCAUGAUUUAUCUCGGUCUGCAGUUCCGGCGGGCCCCAGAGUCCCCGCUAGGGCGCCUCAGGUCCCUGCUGGGAAUGAUGGCGGCGGCUCAUGCUGUGGUGCGGCUAGGCCUGCUCCACAUGAGGAAUUUUCAGAGGUGGUUCUCGCGCCUCAGGCUUCACCCCUCCCGGGACGGGGGGAGGCUGAUCUGGGUUCCCCAAGUGGCAGCAUCGGACAUCAGGUUCUGGCUCACUCCGGGUCUAUUGCGGGACGGAGUGACUCUGGCCUGCGCCGUGCGCCCUGCUGGAGAUGGAGGCAGUGCACAGAGUACUGCUGCACUUUGCUCCUCAGCUGCAGGGGAGACACGUGAUGGUGCGCUCAGACAACACCACAGUGGUCUCCUAUCUGAACAGGCAGGGGGGCACCAGGUCCCCCGCUCUCCAUCGCAUGGCGACGGUGACGCUGCUGUGGGCGGCGCUUCACCUCCUGUCUCUCAGGGCGCGCCACGACCCGGGGGUCCGGAACGUGGGGGCCGACAGGAUGUCCAGGGGGGGCUCACUCCAGGACGAGUGGGGCCUGGCCCCGCGGGUAGCUGCGGAGAUCUGGCGGAGGUUCGGCCGUCCAGUGCACUUUUCGCCAGUGCAGAGAACGCACAGUGCCCGUCCUGGUUCGCCUUAAGGGCCGCGGACGAGCUGCCCUUAGGCGUGGACGCUCUGGCUCAUUACCCCUGGCCAGGCGGCCUGCUGUACACUUUCCCACCGGUGCGUCUCCUGCCGGUCCUGCUGCGGAGGAUCGAACAGGAGAGGAGGUCGGUGUUCCUGGUGGCUCCGGACAGUCCGCAUGCCCGGUGGUUCCCCUUCCUGAGGGGCAUGGCGGUGAUGGAGCCCUGGGCCCUCCCGGACGAGCCGGGGGCUCUAGUCCAGGGGGGAGGAGCCCUGUUUUCACGCCCGAUAAUCGGCCGCAGGCUCUGGGUUUGGAGGCUGAGAGGCGGAACCUCGUAG